AUUUCACCUUAAAUGCAAGUAACUCACGUCGAUACGGGCUUCCAUUCAUAAAACGGUGUUGCCUAACCUCUCACAACCAACCUACAACUUUUUGCGUUGAUAAAUGAAUUUGAUAAGAUAGCAGAUAUCACCAAAUAAUCCCCCAUAGAACGUAACUAAAAGCGAAAGACUCCGAUUGACGCAACAGGUUCAGUACGGCUUCAAGUUUCGACCCGAGAGCAAACAGUGAACACGUACUAUGGGUGAAGAAACUCCAGUUCACGAACGGUCCGCCCUGUCAUCGACAGCGUCGGAGCAAGUGUCCACAGAGCAACAGCAUGCUAGCGUGGAAACGGUCUUGGAGGAUGCUGAAGUAAAAGCCGUAGCUCCCAGUGCAGAAGGCAAUGAUGCCGAAGAAAUCUCUCAACAGGUUCAGCCAGUGAUGACUUCAGUAGAAGUUCAACUUGAAGCGACCCCGACGGAUGUUGAACCACAAAUCGCUGUCCCUGUGCCUGGGGUGAUCUACCGGAAGCGGUCGGACGGAAUGCCACAAUUCAUGUAUGACGCAGUCGCUCGAAUCGCUCCAGAACAAGGCUUCACACCUGGUCAAUUUGAAAUUACGUUCGAGUCAGGUUCCGGUAAGGGUGAUGGCUUCGUGGCGGAAAUGUUCCGAGCUACCAUCACCGAAGGUGACCGUAAGCUGGUAGUUCUGUGCAAGAUUCCACCGAUUAACGAUGCCCAUCGUCACCAGUUCGGUUUGAUGCCGCUCUUCGAUCGUGAAGUUAUGGCGUACUCCAAAUUGCUCCCGGCCAUGUACGAAUUCCAACGGGAGAAGGGUGUUACUGAAGAGAUGGACAUUGGGUUCUUCAACGCUCCCCAGUGUUAUCUAGCCUAUGCGGAUUUACCCAAAGAAGAAUCUGUCAUCAUUAUGGAUGACUUGCGGCUGAAGGAAUACCGCAUGUGGAACAAGCUGGUGCCGACCAACUACGAGCAUGCCCGUCUGCUGAUGAUUCAGCUUGGUAGACUACAUGCCGUUUCAUUUGCGAUGAGGGAACAACGACCGGAAGUGUUCGAACAGUUCAAAGUACCUGAUCCCCUGAACGCGAUGAUGAGAACGAACGAAGGAUUCAUAAUGAUGAUGAACAUGUCGUUAGACCGAGCGAUUGGUACCCUAGAAUCUCAUGAAGAGAAAGCUCGACAAAAGCUGUUGAAGCUUAAGGAAACUAUGUUCGACGAUAUAUCUACAAUCACCAGUGCAGAAUAUGCCGAGCCGUAUGCAGUCUUGGGACACGGGGAUUGUUGGAUCAACAAUAUGAUCUACUCCUAUAAGCGAGGUGUACCAACCGAAAUCGUGCUCCUUGAUUGGCAACUCUGCCGUUACGCAUCGCCAGCGCUCGACCUACUGUACUUCAUUUUCGUAUGCACCGAUGAAGCGUUCCGCCGCCAGCACUACGACGAAAUGCUUCGCAUCUACUACAACUCGUUAGGGCAGCUGCUGGAGAAACUCGGUGGAGAUCCUAGCCGUCAGUUCCCCUUCACCGCUUUGCUGCGGCAACUCAAGGCCUGCGGCAAGUUCGGCAUCCUGAUGGCAUUGCUUAUUGUGCCGAUGGUCUGCGUUCCGGAUAUGAACGAGGCGACAGACUCCGAAGAAAAGUACAAAACUCGGAUGGCGGCCAUCAUUCGGGACUUGAUAAGAUACGGGUAUCUGUAGAAGACCCCGAGAAGAUAUGUACCUUACUACAAUAAAUCGAGGGCCGGAAGCAGGGAUAUUAUUGUUUAAUAGAUGAAUAAAAACCGAUAGAUUGUGCCACAUACAA